UUUGUAUGCUAGUAAUGUUUAUUUCUUUUCAGCUAAUCUUAACUAACAUUGGCCUUUGCAGUUAAUGGUUUAUUUCUUUUCAGUUAAUCUUAACUAGCAUUGACCUUUGCAAAUAAGAAAGAGGGAUAUUCUUUUAAGCUUUACAGCUUAAGUUACAGAAAUAACAGAGUUCUUUUUUUCGCAGGUCACAAUGUCUGAUAGAGAUGCGGCAGAACGAGCCGUAAAAGAUGCCAACCCUAUUAUAGAUGGCAGGAAAGCCAAUGUGAAUCUCGCCUAUUUGGGAGCCAAACCGAGGAUAAAUGCACAAAACGGUCUCUUACUUUCAGGAUUUCCUUCCCCACUGCGGACGACAUAUCCUCUUAUGAUUCCAAGCCAGUAUGGUGGUUUGCCUCCUCAUUAUCUAUAUCCGUCUGCUUACUUGCCAGCUCCUGGACUUAUCUUGCCUGGUCCGACACCAACACAUGCGCCUUUGUCUCCGGCUGCAGCAGCUGCUGCUGCUGCGGUAGCCAACCCAUUCUAUGCUGACUACGCCGCAGCUUACCCACCUCAGUUCGCCAAUGGAUUAGAAGCAGGCUAUGCUCCCUUUGCUACUCUAGCAUCUACAUCUGGCGGACAUCAUCAUCCCCAUGGCAGUGGCGGCGGUUCAGCUGCCGCAGCCCUUCCACCGUAUUUGACUCCAACUACUUCAUCAGCAGCAUACGCUUAUGCCUUACAGCCACCACCUCAUCAUCAGGCUAUUCCCACUGGGGCCCCAGCUCAUUUUCCUGUGCCUUAUCCUGCUCAGCCCCAAGAUGCUCGUAUGCAAUGACUCUUUAGUCAUUGAAAGCAAAAGCAAUAUGAGUGUAUUUGGUGUCAAAUGAUUCUUUUUAUCAUAAUUAUUUUUAUCUGUAAAGCUCAUGUCAGUAUUCAGUUUGCCUACCAAGAAUAAUAAAAAAACAUGAAAGGAAA